UCAAUCUGCCGCACCGAAAUCAAAGAUGUCAGGUGCCAACUUCAUGAGCAAGGUGCGGUCCGCUUUCCGGAGGGAGCGGGACGACUGGGACCUGAGCGACACAGCGCCCUUUGACUUCUCCGACGAGCUCGGUGAAGAUGAGACACCCAAAUUCAAUAAACUCAAAGUGGUCGUGUCCGGAGAAAUGUCGGACUACUCCGCCGGUGCUCCUUCCAACGGGGUGGCGGUCAGCACCCUGGUGGUGGACGACGACGACUCGCUGCUCGGCUCUUCCUCUAGCCUGGGCAGCCCGGGGCUCAACAUGGACCCCUGUGACAACUGCACCAAGAAGAGGGAGAGGAUGAAGCAGAGGAGAGUGAUGAAGAAGCUGGGCUUUGCAGCAGUGCUGUACUUCCUCUUUAUGAUAGGGGAACUUGUAGGUGGCUAUGUGGCAAACAGCCUAGCCAUUAUGACUGAUGCCCUGCACAUGCUAACGGACCUGGUGGGCAUUUUGGUUUCUCUGCUGGCCCUCUGGCUUUCUGCAAAACCACCCACCAAGCGAUUUACCUUUGGACUGCAUCGCUUGGAGGUGGUAUCAGCAGGCAUCAGUGUGCUGCUGAUCUAUAUUCUGACAGGGGUAUUGCUAAAUGAGGCUGUGCAGAGGACAAUACACCAAGACUUCAGCAUAGAUGGCGAUGUCAUGCUCAUCACUGCAGCUGUGGGGGUGGCUGUCAACCUUAUAAUGGGAUUCCUGUUGAACCAGAGCGGUCACCUCCACUCACACUCCCAUGGCCAUGGUGACUCCCACGGUGCUGCAGCCGCUGCAGGCUCCCACUCCGCUGGCUCCGGCCAGCAGCACAGGCAGCAUGGCAGCCUGGCUGUCAGGGCUGCCUUCAUCCAUGCUUUGGGAGACCUCGUCCAGAGUGUUGGGGUGCUCAUAGCUGCCUACAUUGUCCGCUUCAAGCCGGAAUACAAGUUGGCAGAUCCCAUCUGUACCUAUGUCUUCUCCAUUCUGGUACUCUUCACCACUGUCCGCAUCAUACGAGACACAGGUGUCAUCGUAUUGGAAGGCACUCCCAGGCACCUGGACAUUCAGCGAAUCAAAGAGGACCUCCUGAAGCUGGAGGAUGUCCAGUCAGUGGAUGAGCUGAAUGUUUGGGCACUGACUGCUGACAAGACCGCUGCUCUAGUACAUCUCCAGCUCUCGCCCUCUAGUGCUAGCAAUUGGGAAGACGUCCAGGCCAAGGCCCGUCACUUGAUGCUCCACACAUACGGCCUCACCAGAUGCACAGUCCAGGUUCAGACACACAGACAGAGGCUGGUACACACUUGUGCACACUGCCAGCUGCCCAGCGCCUGAAGAGUCACAGUAACAUUAACACACACACAUUUGGCAGAGACUAUGCAGACGGCCAGUAUGAUACACCGCUGUUACAGCUCAGUGCCAUAGCAGGACAAGUGCAAUGCAAGUGGACAAAGUCAAGCACUUGUGCCAAAGGACAGUCAGUGAAACAAUACUAGAGGGACUUUUCUAUUUAAAGGAUCACUGCAUCCUCCAGGGUCUUUGAUCUUAUGCUUGCAAAGCUUUCAGAAGAGGUUGAAGAUUAAAUGUUCAACCAAUUAGAGAAAGAAAACAAUGCUCUUAAAUUCACCAUUAAAGCCUAUUUCAAUUGUUAGAACUACUCCUUUUUGUAUUCAAAUAUUUGAUUGUUGACAGCUGAUGUAAUGUCUCUUUGUUACUAAGUGUGUGGACUGUAUACUACAAGUUUUUUUUUUAUUUUACUAAAGAUGAUAGCAAAUGAAAAGGUACCUCAUGUCACUUGAUUAUUGCUGUAAUCACGAAGCGUACAAGAUGCACUCCUCACCAGUAUGUCAUCAGUGUCUCUGAGGCAGUGUGUAGUGCAACCGUUGUCCUCCUGGUCCCUCAGGGGACACUGGAGUGGAGUCCCUCUUCAUAUGCACCUACACAUUCACAUUCUUUUGCCAAAGGCUGUUGUAUGGCAGAUUUUGUUGAAAUAUGUUUUUGUAUUCUCAAAACUAUUCUGAAUUGGCUGUACUGACCAAUACUUAGAAAACUGAAUGGCGUAUUUUAUUGUAGCAUGUUUCUUUAGGAGUAACUUAUUGGGAGAAAAGGCAAUCGACAAUCAAAGUGUGGCUGACUUUGAAUGACGCUAAAUGCCACAGUGGGUCGAGUGAUUUCAGUGUUUCAAUCAAACACUGCAUGCUAAAGUAAAUGACACUUCCAAUUUUUUUCUGUUUUAGCCCAGGUACUGUGCUGCAAUGCAUACCUAUUACCACAAACCAUUUUCGGAAGGAUACCAUAGCUGUCUAGAUGUUUGAAUUUAAACUGACACUGACAAACAUGAAUCAGGGCAGGAUGUUCACUGUGAUGCUUUGAAUAAUGGUUGGUUAUAAUGUAAAGUGUGCUUGCAGUGUAGUACAAGGCUACAACAUGAAUCAAAACUGGAAUUGUCCUUUAAGGUGCUCAUCAGUAAAGUAAAUCGGGCAGAAAUGGGGUGGGGUGGGGGGGAUUUUUUCAGUAUUUCAUAGUCGCAGUAUUUCAUGGGGAAUGUUGUGGGUUUUGAGAUUUGCUGAUAAUGUUAUCAUGUUCUCUGUGUCGAGUGUUCAGGCUCUGGUCGGGUUCAUCGUAAACCUCUCCAUUGCUCUGGUGUUAUUCAAGGGAAACCAGGAAAUGUGUCUCUCAGCUUUUUUGUGAUAAAAUAAUUGAUCUUAUGUUUUCUGAACAUCUCACACUUCUGGAUAACUGGAGGUUGGGGUCAGUAUUUGACUUUCAUUUGCAUGGUAUUAUAACCACUUGAGGUUUAGUUUUGCACUGCAUUAUUGAUACAGUAAAUUGCACAUUCCAAAUGAAAACAAUUUAAAAUCUGGAAUCUGGUUAUUUUCCAUUGCAUAACUUAAUGUUGUGUCUGUUUGACCCAACUUCAUCCAAUUUAUUUUGAUUGUGAGAGUGCUUCAGUCAUGCUUCCUUUCACUAAUGAAGAUUGUCAACUUUCUCAACUAGAAUAAUCAUUAUUAACUAAAGUGUGAAUAAAAUAAACAUUGCAUUGGAAAUAAAUGAUGUAAAUUUGAA